AUGGCGGAUUCGAAGCCCGGCCCGUUUCGCUGGACGCUACGAUUCAAAAACCAUAACAUCACAAUCCUUCUACUCAUCUCACCAGCUGAGCCUUUUGAAAAUGUGAAAAGUAAGCUACUAGACGCUCUACGCGUUCGUGGUAUUCAGGAAAUCAAUGGAGUUCAAGUUCCGGAGAGUGCAUCUGAGGUCGAACUCGGUAUUCCCUUGGACAGAAAUAAUCUAGAGAAAGGCUGGGUUCGGUUAAAAUCUGCCGCCGAGCAGAAGGAAGAGAAGCAGGAUCCUUCUUCUGCGGCGAAGAAGAAUAUUGUUGUGGACGACACUCCACAAGGUGCGAAUCUUCGUGACUCUCAAGCCGUCGCCUUCAGAUUUCGCGCGGCGAACAACGAAGGAGACGCUGCUGGUGGGGCAGAAAUGGACGUUAAUGAUGAAGCAUGGGACGUCGUCGUUCCAACUUUUGAAGAUGAUGAAUAG